UCUCUGAUGUUACUGACUCACAGAUAUAACAACGGUAUCAACCUUAAAAUCUAGUAUGACGUUUAUUAUACAAGCAGCUACUUGCGUUAUAUUAAAGUAUAGUGCUUUUAGUGAUCGGCUCAAACGGUUAAACUAAAUUUCAGUUGAAUUAGAAAAAGAGUGAUUAUUCUUAUAUCUCAUAAGAUAUAGACUACUUGUAAAAAACUGUAGAAACACGAUGACGGAUUUAACAGGGUUACGAAUGAACGUGGCCGCUCUAAAACGAGUAGACCCCUAUGUAAAAGAUAUUCUAGAGACUGCAACACAUGUAGCACUUUAUACUUUUAACGCAAUUAAUAAUGAGUGGGAAAAAACUAAUAUUGAAGGUGCUUUAUUUGUAUAUUCACGAAAUGGCGAGCCCUAUAACAGUGUUCUGAUCAUGAAUAGAUUAAAUACAAAUAACCUAGUAGAACCAGUUACACAGGGUUUGGAUUUACAACUUCAAGAACCCUUUUUACUCUAUAGAAAUUCUAGAUGCAACAUUUAUGGUAUUUGGUUUUAUGAUAAAGAGGAAUGUGUACGUAUUGGUGCAAUGUUAAAUAAACUUAUCAAAGAAUCAGAGGAAAAUCGCAAGACUUAUAAUAAACCUACUGUUAAUGUGAAAAAGGAUAGUGGUCCUAAUGUGAAUAAUGUUGAUAUAUUCAGUAUGCUUAGUAAAGCUCAAGAAGAUUUUAAUAUUAAUAGAAAUAACAGUAGCAGUGGAAGUGGAGGUAUUAAAGAAGUACUUAAUACUAAGUCUCCUUUAAGUACUCCUGCAGCAGAUGAUGUAUCUGGACCACUAGCUGCACCAUUAGGUCCAGAUGUUACUUCACAGAGUGUAAUGGAUUUUUUUGCAAAGGCAAAAGUUAAUACUGGACAUUUUAAAGCUGGAGAUCAACCCACUUCAGGAGGGACUAUUACAAAUGAAAGUAAUCCUAUUCUUGCUCGAUUAAUGUCACAUCUAACAGCUCAUACAGUCGAACAUAUUGAAAAACAACAUAGAUCUAUAACUCCUCAGCCAGCUACUCAACAACAAUCUCAAACAACUCCAACUGCUAUAAUAACUGCUAAUAAUGCUAGUAAUACUAAUGCUUCAAACAGAACUAAAAAACGAAGUAGGACUGCAUCUCAACAAGAUUCAAUGAUAUCUACACCUGCAUCUCUAACUCAAGAAAUUUUACCACCUAUAAAUCAAAGUACUACUGAUACAAAUGGUACUACAGGAUUUCUUAGGAUACAAUCACCCACUAAUGCAUCAUCUUCUACUUCAACAAAUCAUCAAGCCUCAGAUAUUAUUGGCUCUAGUAACUCAAAUCCACUUGCAUCUUUAUUUGCUAAUGCAUCUGCGACAACGGCAUCAGAAGAUAUCAUUACGGCUCCUACUUUAUCGGGAAGAGGAUCGGCACCAGCUUUAAUUCCUCCCGUAAUGUUUGCUGCUCCUAGUCCACCUGAACCUUUAACUAGACCAUUAGAACCACUGACAAAAAAUCAAUUUCUUCGAGCUUUUAAUUAUUUGUUGAGGAGUGAUCCAGAUUUUAUUAACAAACUUCACGAAGCUUACGUUAAAUCAUUUGGUGAAAUACUAUCCUAGAACAAUGACUUGUUAACUGAUGUAGCUGAAACCCGUCAUGCGGGUUAUGACGGCCGACUGAUAACAUCGAGCAAAACCUAUAGUAUCUCUGUGUUACAUGUACAUAGAUGGAACACAAUGUCCUGCUCGAAUUUCAAUUAAACGUGACUGAUGUCCCAAUUUUUGGGAAAAUCAAAUCGUAGAUACAAAUAAAGAUACAUACCUUAAGCAGUAUUUUUAUAAGCUAAUACACUUUUUCCCAUAAAAAGAAGUGACAUGGAUCGUGAAUGUGUAACAAGGUAUGAGACAAAUGGAAAUUGUAAUGAGACGAGGAAUGUGAAAAUUGUACGAUUUUAAACUGUGAUGCCAAAACAUUUAUAUUAUACUAACAUUUUAUGGUUACUAUUUCGAAACGAAACAAAACAAAUUUUCUGAGCUGAUCAAAUAGAUUACCUAUUUUACGGAAUAAUGACAUACCCUUCCUAUAUAUCGGGUAUCGAUAUAGUACGUGUAUGUAAUUGAUAAAAAGGAGAAAAAUAAAUAGAAACCGAUUACUGAAAAA